AUGUUGAAAAAUAAGACUCAGAAAGAAUUGCUACAAUUAUGCCGGACAAUUAUCCAGCCUUUGGCACCCAAUUUCCACAAGGGACAAUCUGGUAAGAUAGCAGUUAUUGGGGGCAGUGAAGAUUAUACUGGAGCACCCUUCUUCGCUAGUCACUCGUCUGCAUUGCUAGGAGCGGACUUAAGUCAUGUUAUUUGCGAGAAGAUGGCAUCGCCGGUGUUGAAGCUGUACUCGCCAGAUUUGAUGGUGCACCCGUAUUUGUACGAGCUCCAGAGCCCGGAGAUGAAGGAACAUUUGUCGAAGAGUGAGGUGGAGGAAUUGCUCAAGUUGACGGUGGAGGAUGUGGUGGUGAAGGACCAACGCCAAUUAGAUGGGAUUAUUGAGGACAUAAUAUUGCCGAAGAUCGUGCGGUUGUUGGAAAGAAUUGAUAUAGUUGUGAUUGGGCCGGGGUUCGGCAGAGAUCCGUUGAUGUUGAAGACACUUGUAAAGAUCAUAGAGCAACUCAAGGUGAUGAACAAGCCCAUGAUCUUGGAUGCCGAUGCGUUGUAUUUGCUAUCGAUCAACCCACUACUUGUGAAAAAUUACACCAAGGCAAUCAUAACCCCCAAUGUGGUAGAAUUUGACAGGCUUGCCAAAAAGUUGAACAUCAAGUUUUCCAUUGGCGAGACUGACGUUUCCAACCUUAUUGAGUCUGCGACCCAGUUGUCGCAAAAACUAGGAAAUGUCACUGUUAUCCAAAAAAACUUCAAGGAAAUAAUGGUUUGCGACGACCAAUAUCUCAUCAAUGAACUUAAGGGAUCAAAUAGACGAGUUGGGGGUCAAGGUGACACUCUAACUGGAGCCAUUGCUACGUUUGUGAACUGGUCUAACAACUACAAUAACGGUUUAUGGGAUGCGACAACUAAAAAAGAAAAGUUAUCGCCUGAAGACCUGAAUUUGUUAGCCUGCUUUGCAGCCUCAUCUACAGUGAGACUUGCAGCUUCCAAAGCCUUUGCUAAAUACGGCAGAUCAAUGCAAACGUCCAACCUUCAUGAGUUUCUUGGCGAGGCCUACGAUGAAUUAUUCGAAAAUGACAAUUAUAUAAAGCUUUAA